CAUGAAAGUUUUCUAUCGUUGCUGCAGACGAGUCCUGAUGAGCUGCUUAAUUUGGAUUGGAUCGAUCAAAACAAACUGCUCCGUUUACGGUAAUGAAGACUCAAGCACAGAAGCCAGUGUUCACACAACAUAUCAAGCUUCGAACAACUUGCCGCCAGUAGUAACGGAGAGACCAAUAUACAUCAAAACAAAGCUUUAUGUAGAAGAUGUCAACUCCAUCAACGCACUUGAUAUGGAUUUUCGUUUGGAUUUUUUUCUGUGGCACAGCUGGAAUGUCACAGGAAAACUUUGUGAACAAUAUAAGAUUCACUUGCAUCAAGUUGGACUUUUUAACAACCGUACUGGAUAUCCUAUUGCUGUCUCUGAAAGUCAAUUUGAUCGGUUUUGGAUCCCUGACACUUACGCCAUAAACGCUAAAAGUGUGGAUACUCCGUCUGAUGCUUCGUCUACAAAAGUACUAAGAAUAUCCAUUAAAGACCCUAAAACCUGCAAGAUGGAAUACACUGUCAGGUUGGCUGCUGUUGUCGCAUGUCAAAUGGAGUUUAAGCAGUACCCUAUGGAUAUACAAAGAUGCCCCUUCACAAUGAGAAGCUACGCAUACCCAUCCAGUAUGGUACGUUAUGAAUGGUUAGAUAAAGACAAGGACUUACUAAAGAAUCCGGAGCUAAAACUAUUGCAACAUAACUUGGAAUUGCAAAAACAAGAUAAAUUAAUUACUACACUAGAUGUAACAUAUUCCACGAUAUCUGUAGUGUUCACGUUUGAAAGACAGAUCGCCCACCAUUUGAUUCAAAUAUUUGCUCCAAGUGCUUUGAUCGUCACUUUGUCUUGGUUUUCUUUUUGGAUGGGUCUUGAGGCCAUCCCGGGAAGGGUCAGCCUAUGUGUGACUAGUCUCUUGUCCCUCUUCACUCAGUUUUCUGGUAUUAGAGGAGAUCUCCCCCCAGCAUCUUAUAUUAAUGGCACGGACAUAUGGAUGGCCACAUGCAUGUUGUUUGUCUUUGCUACUUUGAUGGAGUUUGUUGUCGUGAAGUUUCUAGACAAACGGCGCCAGCUCUAUUUUCGUGGCCAAGUGAAGAACUCACUUUUCAAUACUCCUGAAUCUGGACUAGGAUCCUUGGUUUCGUUAGAUCUACAAGCUGGAGAAGAAAGACGAAUCUCACCGAUAGAUGCCGCCCCACGUUUAGCGUGGAACAUGGCGUCUCAGCAAGAUACUCACAGGUGGUUCAAACCACCAUCUUGGUCGAUGGAUUGGGUGGUUGUUAUUGAUCAUGCUUCUCGGCUUUGCUCUCAGUGUUUUUGUCGACGACUAAAUGACAAUGAAGCUAAUGAGAAAAAGCAAUUUGAUGUUUUCACUCCCUGGAAUCUUUUCAGUGGCCCCAGGAGCUCACGGUAA